AUGGCGCAAGAAUGCAGUGCUACAAGUCUCUGUGCUACUGGAUGUUGUAGCGAGUUCGGUUUUUGUGGUACUGGCGAUGAUCAUUGUGGAAAAGAUUGCUUGUCUACAUGCGACUAUAAGCUUGGCUGUGAUGUUAACAAUCCUUGCCCUUCUGGGAAGGGAUGUUGUUCAAAAUUUGGAUUUUGUGGUCUUGGUCCAAACUAUUGUGCUCCUGAGGUCUGUGUGGCGAAUUGUGAUCGAAAGUCCGAAUGCGAUCCUGGCUAUGGUGCUUUUGGGUAUUCUGAAAUCGAAAAAUGCCCAUUAAAUGUCUGCUGUAGCAAAUGGGGAUUUUGCGGACUCACGGAAGAGUUUUGCGGCAACAAAACCAUUACACGUCCAUCAUGCAGCUCUUCUGGCUCCACUACUCGGCGUACUGUCGGCUAUUACGAGGGAUGGGCAAAUCGAAAAGUCUGUCAACCGUUUCCACCAGACAUGAUACCAGUUGGGACUUACACACACAUCAACUUUGCAUUUGCAUCCAUUGACCCUAUUACGUUCAGUAUCGUUCCUGGAGACCCUAGCGACGUUGAACUAUAUGAGCAGGUCACGAUGCACAAGCUGCUGCAGCCUGACCUGCAAGUGUUCAUAGUUAUUGGAGGAUGGACUUUUAACGACGCUGGGUUGACAGCCACCACGUUCAGUGAUCUAGCAGCAUCUUUGGAAAAUCAAAAGAAGUUUUUUACAUCUUUGACAUCUUUCAUGUCAACAUACAACUUUGAUGGGGUGGAAAUCGACUGGGAGUACCCCGUAGCGGAUGAUAGGAAUGGAAGACCUGCGGAUUUUCACAACUUUCCCUCUUUCAUCGCAAAUCUAAAAAGCCACCUCACUCCUAUGGGUAGGGGCGGUGUUUCGAUUACAUUACCUGCAUCAUAUUGGUAUCUGCAAUAUUUUGACCUUGAAAAGCUACAGAAGAGUGUAGACUUCUUCAACAUCAUGACCUACGAUAUGCAUGGACUAUGGGAUAAGAAGAGUAAAUGGGCUGGAAAUUUUCUCAACGCACACACAAACCUCACAGAAAUUACCACUGCCCUCGACUUGCUUUGGAGAAAUCAUAUCAACCCCAGUAAGGUCAAUUUCGGGCUUGCUUUUUAUGCAAGAUCAUUUGCAAUGCUAGAUCCGACUUGCUCUGCACCAGGCUGUCGUUUCUCAUCUGGUGGAAAUGCAGGCCGAUGCACCAAUUCGAUCGGAACACUUUCAAAUGCGGAAAUCGCAGACCGGAUUAAAGAGAAUGGGUUGACACCAAUACACUACGUUGAUGCGGCCGUCAAAAUAAUUACAUGGGAUGAUCAAUGGGUGGCAUAUGAUGAUGCAGAAACCUAUCAACAAAAACUAGAUUUUGCACGAAGCCAAUGUCUCGGCGGAAUCAUGGUUUGGGCAUUGAGUCAAGAUUCUGCGGAUCUCAAUUCCUCCAAAGCCAUUUUUAUAGCCACGAAUAGUAGCUCACGUACUUCUUACUCGCUUAAAUCAGUUGCGAGCACAGCUGAAGAUGCGGAUCAGCCAUCAACAACUUUAAUAACAAAUGUGCCAUAUCGACAGUGCCGAUGGUCAGAUUGCGGAUCUGGAUGCGAAUCCCUUGGCGACAAUUUCCUUCCCAUUAAACGCGCGAUUGGCGAGGGAGAUGGCAAAUUCGGGCACCCAGAAGGCGAAGACAUACAAGACUCGAGUUACUGUGGCUCAGCAUCCUUACUCCGUAAAUUCUGCUGCCCCACAGAACUGUCCAUGCCUACAUGUGCACAUUUUUUUUUCAACAACGGGAAAUGUAAUGCUGAUAAUACCAACAGCUGUACCGAUAUGGAUAAAGGUUAUGUUGAGGUUGGCAGCAUUAACAGCUUCUGCAACACUCGAAAGAAAGGUGGCUACGAGCAGAUUUGCUGCACAACUGAUACACCGUCUAUGAAACUGUAUAGUCAAAGUAUAUGGAAUGGAAAGCCUGGACAGUGUGAUACCAAAUCAAGAGGUCCUUUAGAUUUUAACGGUUGUCCUACCGACAACUAUAAUGUCAGGGUUGCAGAUUCAAUUAAAGGAAGUGGUGGUACUUACUGUGGACUUGAACCAGUUCCGUUCAGAUUGCAAGAUGCACCUUUGAUAUAUCAAAGUCGUGUUUAUUGUAGUAAUACUGGGACUGGAAACGGUAGCUGGGGCGAAUGCAACGUUUAUAAAAAUCAUGGCCCAACACCACCAGGGCGAUCUCGUGGAUGGUGUCAAUCUGGUUGCCCUAUCGGCCAGAUUAGAGUGGCAAUGGAAGAUCCGUCCCCAUGUCAGGAUAAUGGAGGAGCCAUAGUGACGUGUUGUGAGGGGGACUACUCUUAUGAAAAAUCACAGGUAGUGAUCAGUGAGCUACUGAAGAAAUAUCAAGACGCAGCAAAGGAUUUCGUAGAAUCCUAUCAGGAAGAAUGUUCUGCAUUCCUUGCUUCAAAUGCAAAUGGAGAUGGCUUGAACCUUGGAUCCUCUGCGUUUAACCUUGAUUCAAGAAGCAAAAAAGGUUUCAGCUCAGUGGAGACAAUGGUUUUACUCCUUUACACACUCCUCAAUGAUCCUAUAGAUGGGAAUACUAUGCUUAGGGCCGAACGUGAACUCUGGGAACUCACCAUGCAAUCCUUAGGGCUGCAAAAUCUUGGUCUCACACCACUCAGAAAUUUUCUCCUCGCCGAUAGAGGAUUCAGACGAAUUUCCAAACUCCUACAAGCCGAGCAGGUCCCAUGCAACGCAGAAAAGAUCAACGACGUGAUUGGUGCUGCCUCGAACAAUGGUAGCGGAUUGUUGACUGAAGAAUGUGCUAUUUUCACUAUUCCAUGCUUAGACCCAGAUUUCUUCUACACCGAUCCAAACUCAAAGUACGAUUACGUUGCUUCUCAAGCAAGCGGGAAUCCGAUAGAUUCCUGUGAGCCUAGUAGGAAAAACCCUAAUUUCUCAGGAAAUGAUGAAACACUCCAUCAAUUAGGGAAACGAGAUGGGGCUCCAAGAGAGUAUUCCAUAAAUCUUGGGACUGAUGCGCGUGGAAAUCCGCGGAUAAUUUUCAUCUGGUCCUUUUCAUAUCCAAGUGGCCAGAACGGUCAGACUUUCGUCGAAAUCACUCGCAAUAUAGACAGAUAUAGCUUAAACAAUCCUGAAGAUUGCACUGACGCAUCUUAUGCCCCAACUGCUGACCCUGAAGACACACCAGCUUGGGUUGUUGAGCAUAUUUUUGAAUUGCAAACACCAUCUAGAUUGCUAGAAUUUAUGGUCCAUGGAAUCUUACCUCAAGUUGUCACCGGAGGCGUCACCGUACCUGAAUAUAGGACCCAGAGAACCCUCAUGGAUCCCGAUAUAUUGGAAAAAUAUUUCCAAAAACCAUAUCAAACUUGGGAUAGGGUAACUGAGGGCUUAAAGGGUCGACCUGAUGCGAAUCUCAUGCACUGCUUGGGGGCAAAAGAUAACACGAAGAAUAUCCGUUUGAUGGAUGCUGCUGGAAAUGCAAUAAAAUCAAGGUUAUGGAGUCUAAAAUCCCCCAUUGCUGAUGCAACAUGGGAAGAGAAGGGAUAUGACAUCGCAACCCAAAAAAACGGUAACGCUGCGCUCUCGGCUAUUCGUGAUGUGCUUGCAGUCAUGAGCUAUUUCAGACAACCAGCAAUUGAUAAGAGUAUCCGUUCUAUAGUUACUGAUAUGCACGACGCGUUUCUUGAAUUUCAGGACGCAUUGAACACUAGUCUAGCCCCUCAAUAUUUGGAGAUUGUAACCCUCUGGGAUGAAGGAGUUCAACAAUGGGCCAUGCGUAUGAAUCAAUUUACUCGGGACUGGCUUCGCAUCAAGAUAUCAAAGCUGCGAAGCUUGUGGGAAUCCUUUACUACUACAAGUAGUCCCACAGACCCCUUGAGAGCAUAUGCGCGGCGGAUGCUUAGAACCUUGAAUGAAUUGGAAUUGCAAGUAGAUCUACCAACCGCACAGGUGGAUCUUACCGCUUUCGCACCUUAG